AUGUCUGCUAAACAUUCCAAACUCCCUGCCAAUGCAUCUUCAAGCCAUGAAGUCAUCGAUGAUGUUAGCUCUGGAAAACAAACGACAAAUCCAGAAACUGUGAAGUCCAAAGUCUCCGAUUCCAAAUCUUCUGACAUUGACACAUCGCCGGUCAAGAUUCCAGCUGUGAAGACCACCGCAGAAACCAAAAACGUCGAAGCUUCUGCCGUCGACGCCGGCGAGGCUAAGAAGGUUGAAUCAUCAUCUUCUGGGAAAUCUAGGAAGAAGAAGCGGUCUAAGGAGACCCAUGAAGCUGGAGCUGCCAAGAAAGUGAAGAAGGAUAAGAAGAAGCGUGGUCGAGGAGGUGAAGAGACGACCAAAAAGGUCGAAUCUUCUGUUGUGAAAUCUGAGACCAAGAAGCGGUCUAUUGAAACAGAUGAACCAGAAGCUUCUGCGAAGAAAUUCAAGGGUGAUCCAGAUGAAGUCGACAAGAAGAGUGGUGGAGAAGAAGAGCCACAGAAGAUCUAUUUUCAACGGAUCUGGACGGAGGAGGACGAGAUCACACUUUUACAAGGGGUAAUUGAGUACAACAAGGAUUAUGGGAACUCUUUGGUGGACACAAACGGGUUCUUUGAGCGUAUGAAGAAAUCCUUCAGCUUUGAAGUUAACAAGUCCCAGUUUACGGAGAAGCUGAGGGGCCUGAAGAAGAAGUAUAUUGAUAAAGGGAAGAAGACUUUUGCCAAGGCUCAUGAUCAGAGAGCCUUUGGUCUGUGCAAUAUUAUUUGGGGUCCUGAUGGGAUACUACCUCCUGAGUCUGCCGUGAAAUCUAAGGCUAAGCCGGAUAAGUCAAAGAAAGGAUUGCUUGUGAAGGAAGAUGAUGAGCUGCCUGUUUUCUCAUUGCCUAAAGGUGAGUUGACUGUGAAGAGGCAAUAUUUUGUGUCUAUUGCUGAAUCUAUUGUUCGCUCUGGUGUGGAUGAGAGUUUUGUUCGGCGAAGUUGGAGUAAUCUUGCCCCAGAGCAUAAGAAGACAAUUGAGGAGCAGUGGAAAGAUUUGCAGGUCCAGAACUUUUCCAAGCAAAACGAUAUGAUUCAGAAGGUGGUAAAUCAGUUGGCUGAAUCAAGCCCUUCAGAAGUUUAUUCCUCUUUUGGUUCUAUCUUUUGAUCCAAUAACUA